AUGUUCUUGUCACUGUUGGUCCUAUCCUCCUCGACCGACGCGUUGAGGCCAUUUGACAGAUUGCGGCCAAGAGCAAGCGAGAGCCAACGAGCGACAACCACGGUCAAGGGAGAGCCUCUAAAAACAGUCUACAUCGUCCGCUUCCACGCCAUGCCCCCCGCCGCCACGUACUCUGGCGGAAUCCUCGGCUUCCCCGCAACCGCUGCGCCGAUGGACGACUCCGACGACGGGCUCAUCGCCAGCGCGGCUUCCGCGGGGUCGGGGGGAGCCGGCGGUCUGCGCCGCGCGUUCGACGCGUCGCAGCCGCACGUGCGCGCGUACGCGGCGCAUCUGGUGCGCAUGCACGGCGCGGUGCUGGCCGAGGCGGGGGUCGACAGAAGCGCGCACGUUUACAGCUACACAUACGCUAUGAACGGCGUAGCAGCCACGCUCACUCCGCAGCAAGUGGAGAUCCUCAAGCGACGGCCAGAGGUGGGGUCGGUGAGAGAGGCGCCCAAGUUCGAGCUGCAUACGACCUUCACGCCCACGUUCCUCAACCUGCGCAAGCGCGUGUGGAGCAACGAGACGCUACAGAACGGGCAGAAGGGCGCGGGGCAGCAGGGCGAGGACGUGAUUAUCGGCGUGAUUGACACGGGGAUUUGGCGGGAAAACCCUGCUUUCAGUGAGGAUGUCACCCCGCCCUACGGCCCAGUGCCAGCGCAGUGGAAGGGGGCGUGCAUGACGUCAGCGGACUUCCCCAGCUGCAACCGCAAGCUGAUCGGCGCGCGGGGGUUCUUCCAGGGGCUCGAGGCGUCGGGGUACACUAUGGACUGGACCAUCGACUAUAAAUCGGCGAGAGAUGUGGCGGGGCAUGGCACGCACACGACAAGCACGGCGGGUGGCAACACAGGCGUGGAGGUGAAGCUGAACGGGGUGUCGUUUGGGACAGCCAGUGGCAUGGCGCCACGUGCACGCGUGGCCAUGUAUAAGGUGUUCUGGGCGACGCAGGAGAACGGGAGGGACAACUGUGAUGGGUCGGACAUUCUCAAGGCCGUUGAUACAGCCGUGGCGGACGGCGUGGACAUCAUCAGCCUGUCGGUGGGCCGUCAGGCGCCUCUCUUCUUUGACGACGACGAGAUCAUAUACCUCAAUGCUGCUAGAGCAGGGGUGCUGGCAUCGGUAUCAGCGGGCAACAGCGGACCCACCACAGUGGGAGGCGCCUUCUUUCGCAGCAUUGGGCACCCCUCCCCCUGGAUGAUCACCGUUGCUGCCAGCUCCCACGGGCGCAACUACAUGACUGAUAUCACCGUCAAUGGGGACACGUUCUCGGGGCGGUCAAUGCAAGGAGGGGGCGAAGGGGAGCUGAUUCUGGGCAGGAACGGCGUGAAGGCUGGAGGGAAUUCCUGGAUGGCCGGUGUGUGUGCAUCAGGCACCCUCGACCCAGCCAAGGUCUCGGGUAAAAUCGUGGUGUGUCGACGCGUAUCCCAGUUUGGAGGGUGGAGCUCAGAAGACCUCCUCCCUAUAAGCAUCACCGUUAAGAAGGCUGGCGCUGCUGGUGUGAUCAUAUACAACGCGGAUAAGGCAGAUCGUGUGGUGGCUGUGCUGCACCCAAUCCCCGCGUGCCACCUGGACCGGUACACUGGCAAGCGGCUCGUGAAGCUUCUGGGAAACUCCACAGGAAUCAAAGCCACCAUCUCGUCAUCAUACAUCAAGAAUCUGCCAGCGCCCACCAUCACGUCCUUCUCCUCCACGGGACCCAACGUCGACCCCACCCUGGACGCCCGCGAGGGCGGCAAGUACUCCUUCGGGUACAACGACGUCUUAAAGCCCGACAUCACCGCACCGGGGCUCGAGGUGUGGGCCGGGUGGACCCAGUCACCCUUCCAGGAGCCCUACGGGAUCGCCUCAGGCGUGGUCCCUGCUGCCUCCAUGUCCCACCUCCUGAUCAGUGGGACUUCCAUGUCCUGCCCACACAUCUCCGGCCUCGCCGCAAUCAUCAAGGGGAAAUACCCCAACUGGUCGCCCUUUGCCCUCAAAUCCGCGCUCAUGACCACGGCGUACACCCUAAACAACAAGAACAAGCCGAUUUACUCGGCCGGGCAGCUACGAGCAGCAGACCCAUUUGAUUAUGGCACGGGACACGUUGACACGUUUAAAGCCCUGGACCCAGGGCUAGUGUACGACUCUACAGUGCUGGAGAAUGUGAAGUUUCUUAUAGCGGUUGAUGCAGUGGAUGUGAAGCAGACGUCGGCGUACUGGGCGGUUGCCAAGGACAAAAGGACGCCGCUGGACCAUCCGUACAAUCUAAACCAGCCAAACAUCGCAGUGAGCAAUCUCCGGGGAUCUACCACAGUAACACGGACCCGAGCCGCCAUGUUCAAGAACUUUUACGGCCAAUCGCAGCCGCCGAGGUCGCCGUCGAAGCCGCCCGAUGCGGCGGCGAAGUUCCUCGCGCACUCGCGGAGCAUGCCGCCCUUCCGCAACCCCGCGGCCGCAGGCGGAGCGGGAGGCCUCGCCCCCCCGCUCCCCACGGCGCUCUCGACCUCCUCCUCCGCCUCCGCUACCCCGAUAUUCAACGACGAGCCGACGAGCGACAUCCAUAUUGAGAUUUUAAACCGUAAAGGGGAGCUGCACGCGGUUCUUAAUCUCCACACCUCCGUGCUCCGCGAGCAGAGCGACUAUUUCUUCAACGCGCUCGCGAAGCGCGCCGUGCGCGAUCCGAUCCAGGGCGCGACGAUCUCGCACGACGCCGCGGGGACCACCUUCACGAUCCAGGCCAGCGGCCACGUGGCAGACCCUGACGCUUACGUGUCAACCUUCCGCAUGUUCUACCUAGAAGAAGAGGAGCUUCCCGAUGAAAUCCAGUGCUUAGGCUCCGUAUGGCGCGUUCUAGAAACCCUAGUAGUUUCGUCGGAGCUGCAAUUUCACAUGUGCACGAGCGCGUGCGUGGAUUAUCUCGAGUCUGUACCGUGGAACGACGAUGAGCUGGAGGAGAUCCUACGGUUGGUGUCGCAGCUGGAGCAUCUGCAGGACGCGCGCCCGAUCCUCGACCGUCUGCCGGUGCGCACGUGGGACGAGGAGAGCAUCUCCGACGCGCUUCGGAUCCUGCUCAUCCGCGCCGUCGCGUUUCACGACAGCCGCCAGGGCGCGGGGAAGGCGGAGGGGGAAGAGUCCGCGGGGCGGGGGGUGGCGGGGGCGGGGAGGGGCGGCGGAAAAACGGCGGAGGUGGCUCCGGGGACGAUUGAGUGCCGAGAGGCGGCGAGCGCGAUUCUGCGGAACCGCCAUGAGCCGACGCUUAGUCUUAAGACCAAGAAGGCUGUUCUUAGAGAGACGUUCGUCGAUCUCCUACAGUGCCUUUGGUCCGAGCAGCGGGAGUUAAAGCGUAGAAACUCGUCGUGCACGCGCGCCGCGGCGGCCGCUAUGGCGGGAUCGGGCGGGGGCGCGGGAGGCGGAGCGCCCAGCCCGUCCCCGCGCACCCCUAGAGACGCUCCGCUUCCCGUCCCCGCCACGUCCCCCGCAGGGGCGCGCGGGGAAGCCUCCCCCGCCGCGCAGCAUGACGCCCCUGCGCCGUCCCCGCGCCCGCGGGGGGAGGAGCAGGCAGGCGGGGGCGGGGGGGGGCUGAGCGGGAACGACGAGGGGAUGCUGGAGAUGGUAUACGGCGCGCAGGGCGCGCUGACGUGGCUCGUGGGGCUCAUGCUCGAAUUCGCCAUGGCGGACGAGGUCUUUAAGUGGCUCGCCACUGAUAACGAGUUCGUCUCGCAGGUUCGGCAGAGCUGCUCCCUGACGCAGCGCCAGGCUCGGGCCGAGCCUGCCGAGGCCGAGGGCCUGCUGGCAGCCCAGGCUGUAGAGGCGGGGGGUGCGGAGGGGGGUGGCGGAGGAGGGAGAGGCGGAGGGGGGAGCGGAGGGGGAGGUGGGGAGAGGGAGGAGGAGAGUUGGUUCAGCCUGUCGCAUGCGUAUCGCAAGUGGCUCAUACGGUUGGGCAGGCCGUGUUGA